AUGGAUAAAAAACGGGCAGAAAAUGCCGUGUUUUGUCAAAUACGAUGUAAAACGAAUAAUCUGAAGAAGAACAAGUUGAUUCAGGCGUAAGUUUAGUUUUUGGCUUUAUUUAUGCUAUAUUUUAGCUUGUAAAGAAAGUAAUUGCCAUUUUUGUCUCGUAAAGAAAGUUUCUUCCAUGUUUUUUGUGUCCCAACAAAAACAAUAGUGUCAUCCAUUAAGCCAUAAUUUGACGCCACUCUCGACCAUCCUCGAGAGCUUGUAUUAAUCGCACGGUGCGAUCGCAUUAAGUGUUCAUCCAGGGAUGACCCAAUUUGGCCCGCGACAAAAAACCGUAAGCAAACAAUAUAAUUUGCAUAAUUUACGAACAAACGAUACGGUUUGAAGGGGCUUGGUUACAAGGCUUUAAAAAUUGGAUUUUGGGAGGGUAUUUCUAAAACUUAUGGUAUUGAAUUUUGAUUUUAAAGUUUUUUUUAUUAUUUAGAAAGUCCUUGUCAUCUUUUGUUUUGUAGAGAAAGUUCUUGCCAUUUUUUGUUUCGUAAAGAAAGUUCUUGCCGUUUUUUAUUUUGUAAAGAAAGUUCUUGCAUUUUUUUCAAGCUUCAUAUGCAUUUUAUUACCUUUUUUAGGCAUGACUGCACAAGAAUCAGAGACGUCUCCUAGAUCAAAUCACAGCGAGAAGCGCAACAGAAGUCACGCAAAUUUAAGAGAACGUUGUAGAAUGAAAAAGUAAGUUAAUAUAAGUGACCGGUUUUUGUUUAUUUUUCUAUCUUUUAGUAAAGUAUGGCAAGAACUUUCUUUCCAAAAUGAAAAAUGGCAAGAACUUUCUUUACAAAGCUUAAAAUGGCAAGAACUUUCUCUAAAAAACAAAAAAUGGCAAGAACUUUCUUUCCAAAAUGAAAAAUGGCAAGAACUUUCUUUACAAAACAAAAAAUGGCAAGAACUUCCUUUCCAAAAUGAAAAAUGACAAGAACUUUCUUUACAAAGCUUAAAAUGGCAAGAACUUUCUUUAAAAAACAAAAAAUGGCAAGAACUUUCUUUCCAAAUUGAAAAAUGGCAAGAACUUUCUUUCCAAAAUGAAAAAUGGCAAGAACUUUUUUUACAAAGCUUAAAAUGGCAAGAACUUUCUUUAAAAAACAAAAAAUGGCAAGAACUUUCUUUACAAAACAAAAAAUGGCAAGGAUUUUCUUUCCACUACAAAAAUUUCGAUUUUUUAAAAAAAUAAAAAUUUUUAGAAUUAACCAUGGCUUUGAUCUCUUACGUAACUGUUUGCCGGACACUGAGAAUGACCCGAAAAUGUCAAAAGUGAAGACAUUACGUCGCGCCAUCGACUACAUUCGACGUCUUCAAUCAAAUCUCGAAGGUAGUGGACCGGAAAUUGAUUUUAAAAUACGACAAAAUAAUUAUUUGGAUUGUUCACAAUCAGAUUCUAGCUCUAAUGAACAAUAA